AUGGGUACAUGUGGAAGUAAGCCCAAAAAAGUAAAUUUAUAUCGUAUACCGAGAUAGUUAGAGGAAAAAUGUAAAAUUUAUUGAAUAUUUUAAGUUCUUCCAAAAGAGAUUGAUUUAUUGUUCUUAAUUUAUAGUGAUCUAAAUUCUCGAAAUGUAGAAAAUUUAGUUAAUAAAACAGCAUUUACAGACUUUUUUACAAUGAUUGGGUUAUGGGGUGAUCUAGUUUUUGAUUAUUUUAAUAAAGAUGAUGAAAAUGAAAAUCUCAUAAAUUUUGAAUAGUUUGUAAGAGGAGUGGCUUAUUUUAUAAAAUGUGAUGAAGAGUAGAAAAUUGAUCAUCUUUUUAAAUUGUAUGAUUUGGAAAAUAUUGGAAUUAUAAAAAAGGCUGAGUUCCUGUAAAUGGUAAUUGGGUUUUUAUAUCAAGCUCUAAAAUUAUCCAAGAGAGGAUUUAAUAAGGUUAUUAGAUGAUCCAAUGUUUUUAGAAGAUCUUAAGAUUCUAAAGUAUUAUGAGAAAAAGAGAAAAUAAAUUAAAAAAAAGCCUAACCAUUAAGAGCCGAUGAGUAAGAAUUCACUGAGUCAAGUAAUUAGAAAGCUUAAUAUUAGUUCAUGCAUUAUAGCGAAGAGGGUCAUAAUAAAGUUAAGAGAUCAAAUCACUUUCUAAACAACAAUCAGUCGAGUGCUAGUCAAUUUAAUCUAGUCUUCCUAAUUUUAACGAACAAAGUGUAGUUAUGAUGUUCCCAAAUGAAAGUUUAGUUGGACCAAAUGGAGUUCCAAUGGGAUAAUUUGGUUAGAAUAUUUCAUUUCAAAUAAAUGGGAAAUUAGUAGAGUUGAAAAGAGUAAAUAUAAAUUAUUUAGUGCGCAAAUAUGUAGAUAUGAUUUACAAAAAUAAAGGAAAGCACGAAGAGGAGUAAAAUAACUUAAUUAUCUAGAUUAUCAAUUGAAGAAUUUAAAUAGUUUGUUAAAUUACACCCAAAGAUAUUUGAUGGGCUUUAUAAGGCAUUUAAUUAUGAUAUUUGGGGAGUAAAUAGCAGUACUUUAGUACCUCUUUUUGAGACAGUUCAAAAGGAUCUAGAGGGUUAAUUAAAAAAAGUGAGUCGAAAAAACCCAAAGAUUAUGAAAGAUCGAUAUUUUAAGCUUAUAUAGAGAUUUUGUCUAUCUUACAAAAAGCUUGAUUAAUUGAUUCCUUCAAGUAAGAAUUUUAGAAUAAAUUUAAUUAUAGAAAUAUUUUGUUUAGAUGGUUUGACAAUCCAAGAAAUUGUAAAUAGUCAGGAGUAAGUAUAUGGAUUUGAAAUUUCACAUAAAGAUAAAGUCUAUCCUUAAAGAUUGUACUACUGUAAAGACUUCGAAGAUUUUAAAAAAUGGACAAACAGCUUAUAAAUGUUUUAAAAGUAUUAAAUUUACUAGAAUAGGGCUUCAGUGAAUGAUUAUUAUUCUAUAUUAUAAAAGAUAGGGGAAGGCAAAUUUUCGAUUGUGUAUCUUUGUGAAGACAAAAAAACAAAAUAAUAAUUAGCUAUGAAGAUAAUAGAAAAGUUCAAAUUAUCAAAAUAAGAAAAGCUGAUGUUAGCGUAUGUUUCCAAUUUUAUUUAGACAUGAAGUAGAGAUUAUGAAAUUAUUGAAUCAUUCAUGUAUCAUCAGAUUUGUUGAGAUAAUAGAAACUAAGACUCAUUUAAAUAUUAUUACUGAAGUUGUUAGAGAUGGAGAUCUGUUUGAUUAUAUUACAAAUAAUGAAAAUUUGAAUGAGUAGGAGGCUUCUUUGAUUAUGGGUUAGUUAUUUGAUACAAUUAAUUAUGUUCAUAGUGUUGGAAUAGUCCAUAGAGAUUUAAAACCUGAAAAUAUUAUGAUCGUCCUUGACUAAAUCACAAAAACUGUGAAAUAGGUUAAGAUUAUCGAUUUUGGAUUUGCUAAUUUUUUAACUAAUAUUUAGAAUAAAGAAGGUGAAGCUUUAUGUGGCACAACAAACUAUUUAGCUCCAGAAACUUUAUCCUAAAAAAGAAUUGAUUUCAAAGUUGAUAAUUUUGCUUUAGGCGUUAUUCUUUAUUUCUUACUUUCCGGUAUGAUAAUAUAAUGUAUUUAAGGAUUCUUACCUUUUGAUGCUUCAUUCCCUGAAGAUAUUAUAAAGAAUAUCUUAGAUGGCAAUUAUGAUUUAAACGAUAGUUUUUGGUAACAGAUAUCAGCUGAUGCAAAGGAUUUGAUAACAAAAUUAUUAAUUAUAGAUCCUGAUGAAAGAAUAUCUUUGGACGAAGCAUUGAAUCAUCCAUGGAUUAAAGUACUGGAUUAUGUUGAUUAAUAUAGAAUCGUUCAGUGUUGCAAACUAAAAAGGUUUAAAGACACAAAUAGAGAUUAGGAUUAUUUUGA